CAGAUCAUAAAGGAAGAAGGUCUAUAGCGUCACAUUCAUAGGAAAAUAGUUGAAUAAAAAGCUGUAUUAUGUCGCCAGGCUAGUAAGUAUGCGCGUUGGGACACUUGAACAAGUUCAAAGAUGGAUUCGCCGGGGAGCUGGGGUCAGGGGGCGGCUGGGCUGACCUCUCCAGAGACAGAACCCAUCGUAAAGGAUCCUGGGCCCAAGGAACUCGCCGCUGUCUCACAUAUGGAUGUUCAAGGGUACAGAUGGGUAUGCUGGAAGGUGUGGCUGUGUCGAAUCGGGGCAGUAUGUUCCUUAGGACUGCUGCUAUUGCUAUUAAAAUGGCGCCCUCGGCUCGGCAUAUUGGCCCGGUGCACCUCCUGUCCCAUUCCAAUGGCGGACGUUUUACUACUUAAGGACAGAUAUGGCCAGCAGUUUGUUAUAGAUGUGCAUACAGAAGAGAUUGAGGAAGGCGGUUUGGAGUAUGCAGUAGGAGAGGCAGAUGAAAAUGAAUGUAGAGACACUGUGCAGCUACACAAAGAAAAGAAAACACUGCUUAGAUAUUAUGUGUUUGAAGGCAUGCGUUACAUAUGGGUGUCCAAAAAAGGAGCUUACUGCAAAGCUAGUAUUCUCAAUGAGGGUUGGACCUGUGCUGACCUGCACGGCCGACAGCAAGGACUAAGUCGUGCAGACCAAAGUGCAAGAAAGCAGAUCUUUGGGGCCAAUAUUAUUGAUGUUCCCGUGAAGUCUUAUUUGCAACUUCUCAUUGAAGAGGUGCUCAAUCCCUUCUACAUUUUUCAAGUGUUUAGCAUCGUUCUGUGGGUAUCGGACAAAUACUACUAUUAUGCUGCUUGCAUAUUCAUCAUAUCCUUAAUUUCUAUCGCUGUGUCACUUUAUGAGAUUCGUAAGCAAAGCACUUCUCUCCACCGAAUGGCACGCUUAGUGGUGAACAUUACUGUGCGUAGAGAAACUGGAGAAGAGGAACAAGUGAGUUCAGAAGAGCUGGUACCAGGGGACUGUAUUGUGAUUCCAGCCGAAGGGCUUCUCCUGCCCUGUGAUGCCGGCCUGCUGGUUGGGGAGUGCAUGGUGAAUGAAAGCAUGCUCACUGGUGAGAGUAUACCUGUAAUGAAGACACCAUUAUCUGUGUCUGAGGAGACAUACAACGCAGAGUUGCAGCGCAGACAUACUUUGUUUUGUGGCACACAGGUCAUCCAGGCUAAAGGUGGCGGCCCUGAUGGCAAGGGGGCCAUAGCUGUUGUAACAUGCACAGGUUUUUUCACAGCCAAAGGUGACCUUAUUAGCUCUGUCCUCUACCCUCAACCGAUAGACUUCCGCUUCUAUAGGGACGCUAUGAAGUUUAUACUGUUCAUGGGGGUUUUGGCACUGGCUGGCACUAUAUACAGCCUUGUGAUACUUUCAAAGAGCAAUACUAACUGGCAAGAACUUCUCAUAAGGUCUCUGGACAUUGUGACAAUAAUUGUUCCACCUGCCCUUCCUGCCGCUAUGACUACAGCCACCAUUUACGCCCAGAAUCGGCUGAAGGGCCGUGGGGUGUUCUGCAUCAGCCCUCCUCGCAUUAACAUCUGUGGCAAGAUAUCACUGUUCUGUUUUGACAAGACUGGCACUCUUACGGAGGAAGGGCUGGAUGUGUGGGGUGUGAUGGAAGUUAGUGGUACAGGUUUUGCUGAGCUGGUUCCUGACCCUCAAGUUCUUCCUCCUGGACUAAUGCUCUCUGCACUCGCCUCCUGUCAUUCUUUGGCUUUGCUGGGGGGUCAACCGCUCGGAGACCCACUGGAGCUCAAAAUGAUCGAGUCCACCGGCUGGGAACUGACAGAGCCUGCAAAUGAGAUGGGACUUGACUCUGAAUUUGGGAGACAGAGAAUACAAGCAGUGAUGAGGCCUCCUGCAUCUGAAGGAACAUCUGUCCAUCAGCCAGUGGCGAUAGUUCGGCGAUAUCCUUUCUCAUCUACUCUCCAAAGGAUGAGUGUAGUGACUGUUGGCCCUGGAGGAGAUUCUCCCACCGCAUUUCUUAAAGGAGCACCUGAGAUGGUGGCCAGCUUCUGCCUUAGAGAAAGUGUGCCUACUCAUUUUUCACACACCUUACGGGAGUAUGCAAGCCAGGGCUUCAGGGUCUUAGGACUCGCCUACAAGCACCUUGCUGAGGAUACUGACACAAGCACUGUUGAAAGGGUGGCGUUUGAGAAAGACAUGAACUUCCUUGGUCUGCUAAUAAUGAAGAACCAAGUGAAGCCAGAGAGCGCAGAGGUCAUUCACGUUCUUAAACUGGCAAACCUUCGGCCUGUAAUGGUUACAGGUGACAACAUUCUCACAGCUGUAAAUGUAGCACGUGCAUGUGGAAUGGUGCUGUCACAUGAGAGGGUUAUUUUUGUUCAGGCAUCGCCCCCUACUCCAAACUCGUUGGCCUUACUACAGUUUCAUCAAGGAGAUGGUGUGGUAGCCAACGUUAAUACUCAAGAGUCUAUGGAUGGUCUUUCACAGGGCCUCUAUCAGAAUGAUGGGGGUUAUCACUUGGCUAUAAAUGGAAUAUCCUUUGCUGCACUUUGUGAUCAUUUCCCUGAAUAUGUACCCAAGGUCCUGAUGAGAGGGACAGUGUAUGCCCGCAUGACUCCGGAUCAGAAAACCCAGCUGGUAAAAGCACUGCAGAAACUCAAUUACAGGGUGGGGAUGUGUGGGGAUGGAGCCAAUGACUGUGGUGCUUUGAGGGCUGCAGAUGUCGGUGUGUCAUUAUCUGAGGCCGAGGCAUCUGUGGCUAGUCCUUUCACCUCCAAGUCUGACAACAUUAGUUGUGUACCUCUACUCAUUAAGGAAGGCAGAUGUUCACUCGUGACAUCAUUCAGUCUUUUUAAGUACAUGGCCUUGUACAGUAUAAUCCAGUUUGCAUCUGUGCUUAUUCUCUACACUGAGAAAACAAACUUGGGUGAUUUGCAGUUCCUCUUCAUUGAUUUGGUCCUGGUGACAGUUUUAGCUAUAGUGAUGGGAAGAGGAGGACCCAGCGAUGAGCUCCAUGCCCAGCGACCAGCCGCCAGUCUUCUCUCUCUGCCAGUUGUGGGUAGUCUACUGUUGCACACUGUGCUGAUAAUCCUAGCGCAGGUGUCUGCCCUCCUUAUCACUGUGUCACAAGACUGGUAUGUGCCUUUGAACGCCACUGUUACAGGGGCUGCAAACUUGCCUAACAUGGAGGAUACAAGUGUAUUUGCCUUAUCAGGUUUUCAGUAUAUCAUCAUGGCUAUUGUGAUAACUAAAGGAUAUCCUUACAAGAAACCACUGUUUUACAACGUUUUGUUCCUCAUCACACUGCUGAUCUUCUUUGCGUUGAUGCUCUGGCUAGUGCUUUACAGUCAUAGCGUCAUCCAUAGAAUUCUGAAGCUCUACAACAUUACUGAUAUGAAUUAUAAACUGCUACUAGUGGCUUUGGUUGCACUUAAUUUCUUCAUUUGUUACUUGCUUGAGCUUCUCAUUGACCGAGGUGCUCUGAACUGCCUUCGCAGUCUACGAGGGAAGCGCGAGUCCAAAAAACAGUUCAAACGUCUGGACGCACUGCUAGCAGAAACACCCUCAUGGCCGCCUCUGAACCAGACCCUGGUCCCACCACAGAGUACCAUCAUUGGUGUUAGCUAACACCUGCCUCCCGAUUUAACAUUCCGACUAUUUCUACUACACAUAUCCAAGGUUGCCAAAAUCUGAUACCUCUCACCUCUAAUAGAUGUGUGUGUAACAGAUGCCAUCCUUGUCUGCCUAUUAUAUAUGGCACUAACUUUCUUUUCAUACAGCAACUGGAGUGAACUUUUAAUGGUGUUUCUAAUGCAAAAUAUUGAAGGAAUUAAAUGUUAAACUAUUU